AUGACUUCUAAUUUAAUCUAUGCGACAAUUUUGCUGUUGGUGUCAUCGACAACUGUGGUUUUCGGACAGUCAUCGGAAUGUGAGGAAUUGCUACCCGAUGGAAGUACUGCGUAUCAUGCCUGCUUCAGCGAGCCACUGUCCCUGAUUUCCAGUGCCAGAGGUUUUUAUAACUUGUCCGUGGAGCCAGAGAAUUCCACAUGUGGGGAUCCCUCAUUGUUAUACUGUACUCUGACAGUACCUAAAGAAUGCAAGUACUGUGAUUCAAACAGCACCACAGACAGCCAUCCUCCGGCAAACAUAGUGGACCAGUCAGGAUCAGCCACCUGGUGGCAAAGUAUAACAUGGCCAAAACCGUCAUUCCCAAACGCGCCAGAAAUCACCAUAACAUUAUCGUUCGGAAAAACUUACGAAUUAACGGACGAUUUAGGAAUCUUAUUCAAAUCGGGUAGGCCCCAAAAUAUGAUUUUGGAAAAGUCGACAGAUAAUGGCGCCACCUGGUCUGUGCUGCAGUACUAUGCUCGAGACUGUACUCAAUAUUACAACAUCGGUGCAGGGUUGGAAACCGACAUCACCAUGGCAAAUCCCGCUAAGGUCAUUUGUUCGGAAAGUUACAGUGGCCAGCUGCCACGCUCUGGUGGGACAGUGACGUUUUCCGUCACCGAGUCGCGCUAUAAACUUUUCCUUGGACCAGCGUAUUCUGAUUAUCAAAGUCUGUUUUCGGCAUUUGAGAAUACGCAGUUGGAUGAAUAUAUGACGUUUACUGAUCUUCGUAUUAAGUUGCUGUACCCGGCCACCGACGGGAAGGAGGUCUUUGGAUCUUACAUAGACUUUCUCCAUUACUAUUACGCCAUUUCUAACAUUGGAGUCACAGUCAGGUGA